AUGUUCGGAGCAGGAGUCCUCGCUAGCGCACUGCUGGCUUCGGUGGCGACGGCGCAGAUGAACCAGCUAAGGACGGCGUGGACGACAAAUCCGGGAUCCGCAACGCUCGACUUUGGGCCGAGUACCUUCCCCGUCGACCCAAGCCAAGGAUGGAACUUCACCACGCUCGAGCAGAGUGACGGCGUCAGUCUCUGGAUCCCCCCGCUCUUCGACCGCGAGCCGCGAGCGUACACGACUCUCCGUGGAGCCAACGUGACCGCGCAUUUCUACGGGCACGGUGCUGCUGUGAGGGGACGUGUUUUCGAAGACAACAGCACCAUCUCCUUGACGCUCGAUGGAGACCGCCGCUUCACGAACUCGACUGUGCUGCAGGGCAGCGCGGAUUACCGCAAGCUGAUUGAGAUCUACGACGAUGACCCGGUGAACAGGUGGAGGACUUUGACCAUCACGCUCCAGAGCGGAGGGAUGCAGCUGCGCAACGUGUCCUUCCUGCAGACGGUUACCAUGGGCUACCAGUAUACCCAGGAUGCGCCUUACAUGGGGGUGAACGCCACCCAGUUCGACACCGACGAGAUCGACAAGUUCUACACCACCACCGGCAACUGGAAGACGGAGAAGCUGCUCGAGCCCAACUAUGCGGCGAUGGAGGCACCACAUGUCGUCGGUGAUCCGGGCGCCACCAUUGCCUUCCGGACAUGGCCUGGGGCUUCCACUCUCAUCAUGCGAGGUAUCCACGGUCGAGAGGCUGGUGAGAUCAAGUACAAGAUCGAGCCCUUGCCCCACGCGGGGUUCCCUGCGGAAGUCACUGCCAACCUCGGCCGCCCGAUCGAGGCUGUCAACUACUUUGCAGAGGUGGUGCUGGACCCAACCGUGCGGUACAACGUCACGAUCACCAACAGCGACCCGAAGCGCAAGUUCAAGUACGGCGCUGCGCUCUUCUACCUCUCUAGCGACACAUACAAGACUUGGACACCAGAGGAGGAGUACCCCAAAAAUGAAACAACAGAAACGACCGAACCAACGACUGAGCGUAAGUCAUGGUUGGAGGUAAAUGCUAAUGCGAUAGCUGUCAAGGAGGACGGUGGAACGAACGUCGGCGCGAUCGUCGGAGGUGUUUUUGUCGUCGACGACACUGCCAUGGCGUCUGCGAUGCACGUAACCCCGAUGCCCCUCCCCGCCGCAGCUAUCAACUCUGGCCAGACCUAUACCCCGCACCACCCCUUCCACCCGCCGCAGGAGGCCGACGCCGGUCCCGUCAACAGCAUGGACACGGUGCCGCCCAGCUACAACCCUGCUUGGGCUGGUCCUUCAACAAGCUCUGAUCCCGAUGGAGCGACUCCCUCGAACACUGUGUCGCGCUCCAGCUUCAUGUCAUCCACCCCCACCCAGGGCGCACUUCACCUGCACAGCGGUUACGACCUGAAAAACCUUCGUGCCAUGGAUGAGCCUGCCGAGGAGGAGCCGCGUCCCGAGGCGCCGCCUCUGCCGACGAAGACGAAGCCGCCUGGGUCAUAG